AUGCCCACCAUUGCCGCCGACUCGCAGCAGUCAGCUGCGGCCAACUCGCAGGAGUCAGCUGCUGGUGACGAGGCCAUGGAUGAGGACGAGGAGCGGGAGCUCAUUGCUCUCCUGGAAAGGGAGAUUGGCAAUCUGCAGAACGAGGAGGUCGAGGCAGAUGUCGAGACGCCCGAGCAGAAAGCGGAGCGGGAGGUCGCAGAGCUUCUGGCAGAGAUGGCAUCCGACUCUGAUGAUGACAAACCGUUGGAUCUGCUUAAAGAAGAAACGAAACGUGCCGAAGAACUACGAUUGCUGGAAGAGCUUCAAUUUGAGAAGGCCGAGAAGUUGACCGAAGCCAGGGUGCGGAGAGAGGAGGAGCAAAGGGAGCGAGCCGAACGAGUAGAACGGUUGAAGAUGGAAGAACGGUUGAGGCUGGAACAGCUUCGCCAGGCGGAGGAAAGACAGCGAGCCGAAGAAGAAGAAGAACAAGAACGUUUGAGGCAGGAACAGCUUCGCGAGGCGGAGGAAAGACAGCGGGCCGAAGAAGAAGAACGAUUGAGGCGGGAACAGCUUCUCCAGGCGGAGGAACGACAGCGGGCCCAAGAAGAAGAAGAACGAUUGAGGCAGGAACAGCUUCGCGAGGCGGAGGAAAGACAGCGGGCCGAAGAAGAAGAACGAUUGAGGCGGGAACAGCUUCUCCAGGCGGAGGAACGACAGCGGGCCCAAGAAGAAGAAGAACGAUUGAGGCAGGAACAGCUUCGCCGGGCGGCGGAGGAUGAGAAAGUGCAGAAAAUGAUGCAGCAGAAACUGCAGAAGGAGGAGGACGAUAAGCAGAGCUUGCGGCUGAGACAGCAGCAAGUGGAUGAGGAGGCACGGCGAGCCGCAGAAGCAGAACGAUUGAGACAGGAACAGCUUCGUGUCGAUUCUGUGGAGGCUGCGAGAGCCGCGAAGAUUGCCCGCAAGAACGAGAAGCAGCAGAAGCUCCAACAGUUGAGGCAAGAGCUAGAGCAGCUUCGAAAUAAAAGGAAAACCGCAGAGCUGAACGACGCCGCGGAGCUGAACGACACCGAGCUGCAAAGGCUCGGAUGGAUGCAUGAGCUGCCCCCGAGUGAGGCUACCGAUGUUGCGGAUGCGACAGUUUUGCAGCCGAAAACGCCGGCACUUGCUCCACGGGCCGCGGCAGACCCGACAGCUUUGCAGUCCGCGACAGGGAAACCGAAUCCGCCAGCGGUGGCACAGGCGCCUGCUCCGCCGACUCCACCGACAUCUAUUCUGCGGGCAUCAGCGCCCAAACCUGAUCCACUGCCACAGCCAACAAGUCCUGCAGCACCUGCUUCCACGGCAGACCCGAAAGCUCCGACCGCUUCGAGGAUGGCCACCCAGCAAGGCGAUGAGUCGAAGGAGGGGACGCUGUCUAUGUCCCGCCGAGCAGCAGCAAACUUGCUGUUCAGGGUUUGCGCUGGCCCAAGACUGAAGGAGCUGCCAGAGUGGCUACAGCCGCACCUCACUGGUGAUGGAGGCACCUCGAAAACCAAGAUGAUCACGAUGCUGGUUGAGGCCGGCGGAAGCUUCGACAAGGUGGGGGCAAAGCUCAAGAUGGAGAUGGCUGAGACCAAGAUCACAGAGAGCAUGGCCCGCUCCUCGUUGGAGCCUUGGACGGAGUUGGAGGUGAGGGAGAAGUAUGGAAAUCGUGCUGAUGCUUUGAUGGCGGAGAAGCGGGCAAAAGGCCUUGUCGUUGUUGAUAGCAACGUCACCGACGGCGAGCUUUUUCUGAUGGCGAAGCAGAAGCAUAUUUUUUCAAGUGGCAGCAGAGAAGAGAGGGCACUUCGUGGUAGCAUGGACGCCAAUGCCGCUUCCCCUGGUGAUCUUCAGACCUUCAUGUCAGGAUACUCCCUCGCCAAGCCGGACUUGUUGGAGGCUGCAGCCGUGAAGGAUUCCGCGACGGUUCCUGAGACCAAGCAACCCAAGCUGAAUUUCGCAGCCGCGAAGGUCCAGAGGCAGAACUCCGGCCGUGGCUUGAACAAGAAGACCGAGAUUAGCACGCCCCAGCUCAGUUUUGAUUGCUUUGCCAGAGAUCUGGCCAACAAGGCAUUGGCCAAAUCCAACGAGUGCCAAGGGCUGGCUACCGCCAUCGAGCCUUUCUCUUACGGCGAGAAAUUGGCACCCGAGCUCAAAGAGCGCCAUGGUGCCUUCAAGCUCCCCGUCUUGCAGGAUUGA